AUGGCAGGAUCUGUCAAAGCUGUUCUUGUUGAUCUUAGUGGGACUUUGCAUAUUGACGAUGAUCCUACGCCCGGAGCAGUGGAGGCACUCAACAGACUGAAAGCCUUGGAAAAUAUUCGCAUAAAGUUUGUUACCAACACAACAAAAGAAAGCAAAAGAUUUCUGAUAGCACGACUUCAGAAAAUUGGAUUCAGUGUUCAAAAUGAAGAAGUGUUUUCUUCGUUGUCAGCAGCAAGAAAACUGCUGGAUGAUCGGCAACUGAGACCUUUCUUUAUGAUUGAUAAGAAAGCUUUGGAGGAUUUUGAAGGCAUAUCUCAGGAAAAUCCCAAUGCAGUUGUCAUCGGCCUAGCCCCUGAAGAGUUUUAUUAUGAGAAAAUGAAUACGGCAAUGAGGCUACUCCGGGGUGGCGCAUCUCUGAUUGCUAUUCACAAGGCCAAGUAUUAUAAGAGAAAUGAUGGACUCGCCUUGGGACCAGGUCCUUUUGUAGCAGCUCUAGAGUAUGCUACUGACUGUAAGGCAGAAGUUGUGGGGAAGCCCUCGGAGAGUUUCUUUGUGUCUUCCAUUGCUUCCCUGGGUUGUGUCCCCUCUGAGUGUAUCAUGGUUGGAGAUGAUGUGAAUGAUGAUAUUGCAGGAGCACAAGCUGCAGGGAUGAGAGGAAUCCUUGUUCGAACUGGCAAAUACCGAGAUGGAGAUGAGAAUAAGAUCAGCCCACCUCCCUUUAGAGUUGCAGACAAUUUCUCUCAAGCUGUUGAUGUUAUCAAAGAGUUAUUAUAA